CCCCCCCUCCUCCCACAUAUCGGGAGCGGAUGGGUGAAGGACUCCACGCCAUACUGCGCCGGGAGGAGGCCGGCGCGAGGAGGGGGAGGCGUCGUCGUGAGCCUGCCGAGGCCUGGUCUGUGAGGGCGGCAGGAGGAGGCCCGGCCGCGGAGACGACGCGAUGGAAGUGUGAAUCAUGACCCUAGGAGGGUUUACUCAGAAGCAAGCCCCAUUGCCAGCAACUGAGCUUACUCCCAGGAAAGAUGGAAAUGCUGCCCUUCUCAGCAAUUAUGAGGUCUACAAGUUGCUGACUGAUCUGAAGCAGCAACGCCGAGAGACCGGGAAAAGCAAACAGAGUUCUGGCCAGCAGAAUCUGAAUACCAUCAUGUAUGAGACUCUAAAAUACAUCUCGAAGACUCCAUGUAAAUACCAGACUCCAGAGAUCGUAACAGAUUUCCUCUCAGCAGUGAAAAAUCACAAGUUGACAAAAGCGGAAAAGCUACAGCUUGUCAACCACAGGCCUGCAACCGCAGUUGAGAUCCAGCUGAUAGUCGAGGAAAGUGAAGAGAGGCUAACGGAAGAGCAAAUCGAAUCCCUGCUCCAGACUGUCACCAGCAUCCUUCCGGGGGAUCCAGAGCAGCAGGAGGAGCAGCAGUUGGCCAUGGCCGUCGAGGACGAAGGAGAACAGGACCGGGCUGGUGUGUCAGGGACCGUAAUGAAGACCCCGACCCAAAUGUGACAGCUGGUUGUUCUGACUGUAACAAGGACCCCCCCCCCCCCACUUUGAUGACAGACUCAAACACAAAGCCAUGCCACCGUGUUUUAGUGCUGAAUUCUUUUUGCAUCACAGCAACAGACUUUGCUUACAACAAAAUGCUUUUUAAAAAAUUGCUCUUGUGUUGGCGGUUUGUGAGUGGAAUGAAAAGACGGGUGCCUUGGGGCCAGGGGAGGGUGCCUUGGGGCCAGGGAAGAUGCUGAAAAUGGCUUUGUGUUCCUCUUCGUUGUGUGCUUUUCUGAGCAAGUCUUGCGCACCGCAACCUCCCUGAUUUCUCAUUGGUUUCUUAUGCUCCUUAGGAGCCCAAUCUGUGGCAUGAAAUAUAGCUGGAGGAUGGUGAUCCUACCUAUGAUUGGCUGGAGAGCCACAACCAAUGAUGGGCAAGUUAUCUAAAAUCAAUAAUGACCUGAUUUUUGCAAAUGGGCCUCCUCCUCACCUUCAAUGUCUCGGCCUGCGAGUUUGUCUCUUCUUUCGCAUGGCGAGACCUGGAGAUCGCUCACUACAGUUCCUUGGGAACUCAGAAAAGCCAAGAGGAAGUUCAGCUCACAAGCAGUAACUUAAAGAAUGGAAUUCACCACCGCAGGAUGUGGCCGUGCACCGGCUGACGUGGCCAGGAAACGUGAUAAAGCAACUUCAUCAGUGGCUGUUGGUUGUUGGUGUCGAAGGGAAAGUUUAACAGUCCUUUGGAAAACCUCUAGGUUGCGCUGUUUGGAAUCUCAGGGGCAUGUGGUUCAUUAUCCUUCUUCCAGGGAGCUUGCAGGUGGUCUAUGUGAUUCUUCCUUGUGCAUUCACAACAACCUUAUGAAUUACCCUGUUUCCCCGAAAAUAAGACAUCUCCUGAAAAUAAGACAUAGUAGAGAUUUUGCUGAAGUGCUAAAUAUAAAGCAUCCCCCGAAA